AUCCCUAGCGGCGACUUUUUCCAGGUAAUCUCUGUUUUUGCGCUGGGAGAUAGCCAGUGCGGUCUUCGGUGAUUGUGAUUAGUUAGCCACCAUGUGUCAGCCGAUGGGCCAGAUGCAAUGCGAGAUCAAGAACAUGACCCUCUCGGGCGAUCCGGAGCUGGAUAAUCAAAUACGAAGGUGGAUACGCUGGGACAAGUGUCCCAGCACCGCCUGCCAGAUCAUGGAUGCGGUUCGUGCCAGCGACUGGGAUACGCUGCGCAAGAGGCUGUGCAAGCGCAUAACAUUUGGAACGGCGGGAUUACGGGCCUGUAUGCGAGCUGGCUUUGAUUCAAUGAACGAGCUAGUGGUUGUCCAAACGGCCCAGGGUCUGUGCCAAUAUUUAAAGGAGCAGUACCCGAACCCGGAGGACUGGACGGAGCGGGGUGUUGUCUUCGGCUAUGAUGGACGCUACAAUAGCCACCGGUUCGCAGAACUAUCAGCCCAAGUGUUCCUGAGCAACGAUUUCAAGGUGUGGCUAUUCAAGCGCUAUGUGGCCACACCCAUGGUGCCGUACGCCAUAUUGCGGCUGCAGUGUUUGUGCGGCGUGAUGGUGACUGCCUCCCACAACCCCAAGGAGGACAACGGCUACAAGGUGUACUGGUCCAACGGAGCACAGAUAAUACCACCGCAUGAUAAAGGAAUUCACGAGGCAAUUUUGGAAAAUCUGGAGCCAUCGAAGGGGGCGUGGGACGACUCUGCGAUGUGCUCCAACACUCAAUUGGAUGACCCCUUUGACAUUGUGGUGCCGCCCUACUUUGACAAUCUGAAAAAGCAAAUACCGUGCGAUAUGAUGGAGAAGAAUGGGCGGUGUCCCGUCACCUUCACCUACACGGCCAUGCACGGCGUGGGCUAUGAGUUUAUAAAAACUGCCUUCAAGCGGGCCAACUUCCCGCCCGUAGUAUCGGUUUGCGAGCAACAGGAGCCGGACCCAGAGUUCCCCACAACACCGAUGCCGAAUCCCGAGGAGGGUAAAACUUCAUUGGAUUUGGCAAUAAAGACCGCAAAGCAGAGUAACAGCCAAAUUAUUCUUGCCAACGAUCCGGAUGCAGACCGAUUGGCGGUGGCCGAACGGCGCGAGGACGGUAGCUACAAAUUGUUUAGCGGCAAUGAGUUGGGUGCCUUGCUCGGCUGGUGGAGUCUGGAGUUCUACAAAAUGACCGUACCUGACUGCGAUGUGUCCAACGUUGUGAUGGUAUCCAGCACGGUCAGUUCGAUGAUCCUUAGAUCCAUGGCUGCUCGCGAGGGUUUCACUUUCUUCGAUACCCUCACCGGAUUCAAGUGGAUCGGGAACAAAGCCAUCGAACAGGAGCAGGCUGGCAAAAAGGUAUUGUUUGCCUUUGAGGAGGCCAUCGGAUUUAUGGUCGGUACAUCCGUCUUUGACAAGGACGGCAUCAGCGCUGCCACCCACGUCGCUACCAUGGUGUGCUACCUGCGCUGUACAAAAUGUAUGACAUUAGAGGAGAAGCUGCGUGACAUAUACGAGACAUACGGCUACCACACAUCCAUCUGUUCGUAUGUCAUCUGCCGGUGUCCACCGGUCAUUGAGAAGAUAUUCGAGCGCCUUCGCAACUGGGAUGAUGGCCAGGCGGACACCUAUCCGAAGAGCAUCAUGAACGGGGAGUACGAGAUCGAGGGUAUCCGGGAUCUUGUCACCGGCUACGACAGCAGCACCCCCGACAAGAAGGCCACUCUGCCGACCAGCAGCAGCUCACAGAUGAUCACGUUCACCUUCAAAAACGGUGCUGUGAUCACCUUACGGACGAGCGGCACAGAACCAAAGAUGAAGUUCUACGCCGAGAUGUGCGGUAAGCCGGAGGAGAAGAAUUGGGGCAAGCUGAGCAACACACUCAAGAUCAUGGUCGAUGCCACUGUCGAGGAGUUCUAUGAGCCCGACAAGAACGGACUGCAACGAAAGAAGGACUAAUGCUUGACGGUUGCCCAGUCCCAGCUAGCGGAUGCUCUGACGAAUUUGCAUACAACUUUUAGCGAAUAGACCUGGCUAAAGUGAUUAUUUUGAUAUCAACAGCACUGAUGCACAAGCCAAAAAGCAACAGCGGGCCAUGCUGUUAACUAUAGUAGCUACUUAUUGAUAAUCAACUGUUACGUUUUUUUAUUUACCAGUAGGCAUAUUUAUAAAAGUAUGUAAAUAAACGCAACACCACCACCAGGCACUAAA